CAUUGAAGAAGAAGAAGAAGAGGAGCAAGUCAGCACUCCGCAACACGUGUAUGGCCAGUCCUCACGUCCUCUAAUAAUGGGCAAGAAGAGGAAACACGUGGAGGAGGAGGAGGAAGAGGAAGGGCCCGGCGAGUCCUCCCACCGCCAGGCCACCCCGGCACACGUGAGGGGCCAGGAGAAGCGGCUCGUCGUGGUGCUGGAGCGGGCCAACCUGGAGACUGUCAAGAAUGGCAAGGGCUAUGAGCUGCUGAACUGUGAUGACCACAUGGGGCUGAUGAAAAAGUACAAAAAGGACCCUGCAAACUACAGACCAGACAUCUUGCAUCAGUGUCUCCUUAUGCUGCAAGACUCUCCACUCAACCAGGCUGGCAAGCUGCAGGUCUACAUCCACACUGAAAAAAAUGUCCUAAUAGAAGUCAACCCACAGUGCAGAAUACCACGAACUUUCAAGAGGUUUGCUGGUCUCAUGGUUCAGCUGCUCCACAAGAUGAGUGUCCGCGCCUCCGAUGGCAACAUGAAGCUUCUGAAGGCCAUCCGUAACCCCGUGACAGACCACCUCCCAGUCGGCUGCAAGAAGCUGGGCACCUCCUUCACCUCCAAGAAACUCAUGAACCCCCGUGACCUUGUGCCGACGAAUGAACCGAUUGUCAUUGUGAUUGGUUCUAUGGCGCAUGGCAAGGUUGAAGUGGAUUACGUCGAGGAAGAAAUUGCAUUCUCAAGAUACCACCUGUCGGCAGCAUUGACGUGUGCCAAAGUGUGCAGUGGCUUUGAAGAGGUGUGGGGCAUCAAGUAGCAGCAGUACUGGAGGUGCUAUAUUGUGAUGGACAAGUGACAGCUCCCAGGACACAGCUUGUGAUAGUGCUCAAGAUCUGUUCUAGCUCCCAGCAGCAAUCAUGGAUGAGAGCAGGGGUUUGGGAGAUGCU